AUGUGGCAAGUGCGCGCACCGGCUCACGACGGUAGCCCGUACCGGGUUGAGGUCUCCGUGAAUGGAACUUCCCUCAUUAUGGAACUCGACACGGGAGCAAGUGUGUCUGUCGUGUCGGAAGAGACCUUUCACCGCACAUUUCCGUCAUGUCGCCUGGAACCGUCAAGCGUCAUGCUGAAAGGUUACACCGGUGAGCUGUCCCCGGUGCAAGGCAGCCUGCCUGCCACUGUAAGACUAGGAAACCAUGAGUCCCGGGACGUGUUGUACGUCGUCCCAGGACACUGCCCGUCCCUGAUGGGACGUGGCUGGAUGAAAGGUCUCGGAAUUGAACUGCGCAAUGUGAUGGACGUUAAGGCUAUCACGUCGGUUGAUGGACUCGUCGCUGAGUAUGCGAGUGUUUUCGACGACGCCUUGGGAACAUUCAAGGGAGUGUCCGCGAAAAUAACAAUCGAAGACAACGUGAAGCCGAGGUUUUUCAAGGCUUGUCCUGUUCCGUUCGCAAUGAUCGACCGCGUCAACGAGGCACUGAUGCGCAUGGAACGAGUUGGAGUGCUGCGUCCAGUUAAGACUUCGGAAUGGGCUGCACCUAUUGUGCCUAUCUUGAAGCGAAGUGGCCAGAUUCGGAUAUGUGGCGACUUCAAGGUCACUGUUAAUCCCGUGACAGUGCCUGAAAAGUACCCGAUACCACGCGUUGAAGACCUGUUUAGCCGUCUUAGCGGUGGCGAGAAGUUCAGCAAGUUGGACUUGAAGGAUGCGUAUUUGCAAGUUCAACUGGACGAGGCAUCCCGCAAGCUGGUGACAAUCAACACACCAAAAGGACUGUACCAAUACACGCGUUUGCCUUUUGGCGUCACAUCUGCUCCUUCAAUUUUCCAGCGGGAGAUGGAAAACCUGCUACAAGGGCUCAGACACGUUGUGGUGUAUUUCGACGACGUUCUUCUUGGCAAGUGUGCCUUCCUGGAACGGCAAGUUCAAUACCUGGGUCACGUUGUGACGGCUACGGGGUUUCAACCCAACCCUGAAAAGGUAGAGGCUGUGCUGAAUGCCCCUAGAGCCAAAGAUGUCAAGGCAUUACAGAGUUACCUAGGCCUAGUCAACUUUUACCGCAGGUUUCUGCCGGGGCUGUCUAGUGUGUUGCAUCCCUUGAACGAGCUGCUUGUGGCGAAGGUGCCUUGGGAGUGGCGUGAGGAUCACGAAAGUGCUUUCCAAAGGAGCAAGGAGCUACUUGUUUCAGCAGCAGUGCUGGCGCAUUAUGACCCCAAGAAACCCGUGGUUCUCGUAUGCGAUGCGUCACCGUAUGGCGUUGGCGCCGUUCUGGCCCAUAGGGAAGACUCGGGGGCUGAACGACCAAUCGCAUUUGCAUCACGAAGUCUCGCGCCAGCCGAGCGGAACUACAGUCAUCUCGACAAGGAGGCUCUUGCGCUCAUGUUCGGCGUAACCAAGUUCCGACAAUACCUCUGGGGACGCGAGUUCGCGGCUAUUACGGACCAUAAAGCAUUACCGGGCUUGCUGGCUCCGGACAAGCGCGUGCCUGAGAUGUGUUCACCGCGUAUCAUGCGUUGGGCGCUGAUGCUUGGAGCAUAUAACUACAAGCUCAUGUACCGGCCGGGAGCAAGCAUUGCCAACGCGGAUGGUUUGAGUCGCCUACAACUACCAGUGUGCGCUCAACCUGUGGAGAGGCCAGCGGAAGUUUUCAUGCUGGAGGCUGCUUAUCCUCGGGUACUGCGGUCUACUGCAGUCGCGGAAGCUACGUCCAAGGACUCAACCUUAGCGAAGCUACGAGAUGCCUUAUGGUCUGGAGCUGAGCUACGUGACCCCGAGUUCAGGUUCUACGCAGAUCGAAAACUUCAGAUGAGCGUGCAAGAAGACUGUAUACUUCUCGGAUCGCGGGUGAUCAUCCCAAGUGCAUUGCAGCAAGAAGUGUUGCGACUCCUUCAUGAGGGGCACCAUGGAAUGACCAAGAUGAAGGCUAUCGCCAGAAGUCAUGUCUGGUGGUCCUCGUUGGACGAGGACAUUACUGCUGCAGUUCGCCAGUGUCAGGAUUACUCCCCACGAAACUACCGGGUGCUCACCAGCGGAGCUGAUCAUGGGCAGUAA